AUGAGACCCUUUCCAAGCAGGCUGGUCUGGAAUUACGUCAGUUCCCGUUAGCCGGUUGUCUUAAGAUAUGUCAGAUAAAACGAUGCAUUCGUGGAUUUAAUACCCGGUGUACGAAUUAACGCAGUCGGCCGGCUAUGCGUUGGACUCUGGUCAAAAUAAACAAUCUGUAUCAUGAAUGUUUUACCCGGACAUCUGAUGGGGCGACUGGGCAAGACGGCUGAACAGACACACCAGUGUUUUAAGUAGGCUUUUCCAUUUACACACCCGAUUGACAAGCAUCCUCCAAACCCGCAUGCUUUAUAAACAGACGGGACCUCCGGACGACCUGUUAAAGAUGACUCAAAGGGAGAAUUGGAAGUUGCAGCAUGAGCGGCUCCACGUCAAGCACCGCGGGCAUGAGGCCAUGCACGCGGAGAUGGUGCUUAUCCUCAUCGCGACCCUGCUAGUGGCGCAGGUGGUGCUUGUGCAGUGGAAACAGCGGCACACGCGCUCCUACAAUCUGGUGACUCUGCUCCAGAUGUGGGCAGUGCCUCUCUACUUUACCAUCAAGCUGUACUGGUGGAGGUUCCUCUCCAUGUGGGGGCUCUUCUCCCUAGUCACCAGCUACGUCCUCUUCAGAGCCACGCGGAAACCCCUGUCCUGCCACACCCCCAGGAUGGUGUAUAAGUGGUUCCUGCUUAUCUACAAGCUGAGCUACGCUGUGGGGGUUCUGGGCUACGUGGCUAUCAUGCUCACCAUGUUCGGCUUCAACGUCUUCCUCAGGGUGAAGGCUGAGGACUCCAUGGAUGUGGGAGUGAUCAUGUUGUUCUAUGGUCUGUACUACGGUGUUAUGGGCCGGGACUUUGCAGAGAUCUGUUCUGACUACAUGGCCUCUACCAUUGGGUACUAUAACAGGGACGGUAUGCCCAGCAGAAGUCUGACAGCCGACAUCUGUGCAGUGUGUGGGCAACCCAUUCUGGUUGACCUGGAUCAGGAGGGAAUUAUAGAAGAUACCUACCAACUGUCCUGCAACCACAUAUUCCACGAGUUCUGUAUCCGCGGCUGGUGCAUUGUGGGUAAGAAGCAGACGUGUCCGUACUGCAACGAGAAGGUAGACAUGAAGAGGAUGAUGAACAACCCCUGGGAGAAGACCCACUUGCUCUAUGGCCAGCUGCUUGACUGGCUCAGGUACCUGGUGGCCUGGCAACCCAUCAUCAUUGGAAUCGUGCACGGAAUCAACUUCUCCCUGGGCCUAGAAUAGAGCCUUGGGGAACUCUGUGUUCAACAGCCUUCUGGUAUACAGGAGGGUUUCCCCCUUGUAUCUGACCACUCGCUGGACUUUGAUGAAAAAGCCUUUUGUACGAAGUUUUUCAUAGUUUUACUGCUGCGGUGCUUCCAUCCAUGUUGCUAUGGACUCCUUGGCCUGUGCUUUUAGGUUUUCAUUUCAUCUAAAGCCACGGUUGUUGAAAUAUGUUGAAGGAUAUGUAACUGGGAUAUUUGUGUUAUUAUCAACAAGCAAAGAGAAUGUUUUUCAUACCAUGCAAACUGUCAUGGGAGCCCAGAUAAACCCACACAGUGUUAGCCUGCUGUUAGCUUAAAUGACAGCUGUAGACCGAGAGAUUAAAAAAACGCCAUAUUAUUUAUUAAGUUAUCCACCUUUUUCGACCUUUUUUUUUUUACAGACUUGCCAAAUUGUUUGUUAAUGAGUUUUAAUGGAGGUUUAAGGCUAGCGGAACAGAGAGUUGUUUUAACUUUCAUGAUCAAUCUUCUAAGAAAGUUAACAAAUGCCUUCAAAUAAGACCGUAAAUUACCAAAUAGCAUUGGUGUUUUCUCAUAAUCUUGGUCUGUGAUUGGUCAGCGCUUGAAGGUGAAAGCCUUUAUUAGCUCAGGAAAUAGUUUCUUUCAACAUUGCCACGAAUGCCAAAUUAAAAGCCUUUCAAACUGAAUAAAAGCCUUUCAAACAAGUA